AUGGCAGCAGGAAAACAACUGCUACUCGAGAUCUACAUGAUGUUCAAGUCCUUCGCGCCGUUCGUUGCAGCUGCCGCCUUCGCGGUUGCGGCCACUUCCGCCGCGACCCUGCCGAACGGCUCGUGGCCUUCCAGCAAGGGCCUCGUGCAGUUCUCGGAGGUGCGCACCAUCAAGGCGGGUGAGGUGUUCGACGGCAAGAUGCAGACGUUCGAGCGCUCCAACGUCAAGUGCGGCGGCCAGUCCGAGAGCGGCUGGAAGACGGCCGUGUUUUACGUCGAGGCCGGCGGCACCCUCAAGAACGUCAUCAUCGGCAAGAACCAAAUGGAGGGCGUCCACUGCGACCAGCAAGACUGCACCAUCGAGAACGUGUGGUGGGACGACGUGUGCGAGGACGCGCUCAGCGUCAAGGGCGGCUCGGCCUCGAGCGUGACGAAGGUGAUCGGCGGUGGCGCCCGCUACGCCGACGACAAGGUCAUCCAGCACAACGGCCUGGGCAAGGUCAUCAUCGACGGCUUCUACGGCGAGGACGCGCGCGAGGUGUCCGUGUCCAACACGUACGUCGUGAACCCGGGCAACGCCGUGGUGACGGUCAACAAGAACUGGGGCGACAAGGCCACGCUCAGCAACGUCUGGGUCAAGUCGAGCAAGGCCACUGUCAAGGUGUGCCAGUGGUCGCAGGGCAACGCCAAGGGCGAGCCCAGCAUACUGGGCCACGGCCCGUCCGGCACGCUGUGCAAGUACUCGACCAGCGACGUCCACAUCAACCAGGACAUCUCCAAGGCGAAGACGGCUCCGGCUGAGGACCCGACCCAAGGCGACGACGACUACACGGCCCAGACCCCGGCCCCCAAGUCGAAGAAGACGACGGCCCCCAAGGUGACCAAGGCCCCCAAGACGAAGAAGCCCGCUACCAACACCCCCAGCGUCGAGGAUCCCACUCAGCAGCAGACCGGCCCCAGUGUCGACGACCCCACUCAACAAACCGCCCCCACCACCAACUCGACCUCGUCGAUCCCGGACGGCACGUGGCCCGCCAGCAAGGGCACAGUCCGGUUCGAGAAGCCGUACGUGGUCAAGGCCGGUGAGGUGUUCGACGGCCAGAUGAAGACGUACGACCGGUCGGACAUCAAGUGUUCGGGCGGCGAGGGCCAGAAGGACACGGCCGUGUUCCUCGUGGAGGCCGGCGGCACCCUCAAGAACGUCAUCAUCGGCAAGAACCAGAAGGAGGGCGUCCACUGCGACGAGCACGACUGCACCAUCGAGAACGUGUGGUGGGACGACGUGUGCGAGGACGCGCUCAGCAUCAAGGGCGGCUCGGCCUCGAGCGUGACCACCGUGACCAACUGCGGCGCGCGCUACGCCUCGGACAAGGUGGUGCAGCACAACGGCUACGGCACCGUCAAGAUCAACGGCUUCUUCGCGCAGGAGUUCGGCAAGCUCUACCGCUCGUGCGGCACGUGCGGCAACAUCCCGCGCACCGUCACGGUGGAGAACGUGUUCGCCAUCGACCCGCUCGUGAGCGUCGUCACGGUCAACAAGAACUACAACGACCAGGCCUCGUUCAAGAACAUCCGCGUCAAGACGACCAACGGCAGGAACGACGUCAAGGUGUGCCAGUGGUCGCAGGGCAGCAAGACGCCGUCCAACCUGGGCGACGGCCCGUCGGGCAAGCUCUGCAAGUACACGUCGAGCGACGUCCACAUCAACGAAGACUGA